AUGCUCUUAAGCCUUUCGGUCACAGAGAAAGCACGAGUUGCCGGUAGCGGUCCGGCUAACCAUCCAACUGUUGUGUCCUGGAAAGAAGGAGAUUUGAUUCUUGGCGAAGAAGGCUCUUUUGCUGGCUACGCUGUGAGAAUACCGUUCACGGGAGAUUUAGCAUCACCUGCCAUUGUCUACGAGUGGAAUUAUAGAUUUCUGGGUGACAACCCUGUUACUCUUGACGGCCCAUCCAGGCAUGAACCUGCCGUGAGUCACCUCAACGAGUGCAUUUCCCUUUUUCUCCCAUUUGCAAGUCGUCUGAUCCAAUCAUUUAUGAAAUGA